AUGCUCCACGGACCAGACUAUUGGAAACACGUCCUGAUCAUAGUCCCCAUCGUUGCUACUGCUUUUGCAACUCUGUGCUUCACACUCCGGAUCUACUCUCGUCUGAAGGUACUACGUGGACUUCGAGUUGAAGAUAUCUUGAUGGGAGUGGGUUUGAUAUGUACUUACGGCGUCGCGGCGUGCAUCGUGUAUUCGGGCUUCCUUGACAUUGGCUCCGGGAGGAAUAUUUGGGAAUUUCCAGUGGAACAACGGCGUCAGAUCGCUCUGGCAAAUUGGAUUUUGACCAAGUUUUGGCCUUCCGCUCAAGUAUUUGUUAAGAUAUCCAUCUUGAUAUUACUUCGGAAACUGCUCGGCACGGUAGACUGGUUCCGACGAAGUAUCAGUGGAGCCAUCAUCUUUGUUGCAGCAUGGGGGAUCACAGCUUUAGUGGGAAAUACCCUCCAAUGCUGGCCGGUUCAAUAUUUCUGGAUAAAGGAGAUCAAAGGACACUGCAUGUCCGGACAGACCACCUUUUUCAUCAUCAUCGGUGCUCUCUCGUCGGCGGAAGAUGUUUUCAUUCUGUGCUUACCACUCCCUGUGGUAUGGAAUCUACAAAUUCCUCGUCAUGAGAAGAUUGAGUUGACAAUUUUGUUCACCAUCGGAUGCUUGUAA